AUGAUGAACAAGAUGGCAGAUAAAAGGGCCUUCUUCCAGCGUCUCGAUCAGCUGGAUUGCCUCUCGGAUGAAUUGGAAGAUCAGGAGGCCGAGGAUUUUGCUCGUGUUCUUGCUCGUUCGAGGCCAGGAAAUGAGACUGAGCUUGUCUCCUUUGUUGCUUCUCACACUUUGACUUCCGCUGUGAAUUCUAAAUCUACGGCUCCAGCUCCGACGAGUCUAACGCGCACGCGAUCCCUUUUGGGUCUUCAGCCCUCGGCACAAGAGAGUGUUGUGAGCCCAAGGCACGGGAGAAGUGAUUCGGCCAGCAGUGGCGAUCGAGAAGCUCCUGCAGCCAAAACAUCGGAUGUCGACAGACCUACGAUGGAGAAGACCAAAGCCAGCAUGUCAUCGUCGAUCGGUAAACGGAAGCGGAAGUACUCGCCCAUAGUGGUUCCUGAGCAGCAGCAGAUUUUCAAGGGGUUGAGCUUUUUCUUCUUCCCUAAUAACGACGUUUCGCCGUUCCGACGUGUACGGAUCCAACGAGCGGAAGAAUACGGGGCUCGGUGGGCUCGGUCCUGGGGUGAUGAAGAGAAUAUCACUCAUGUCAUAGUUGACAAGGGGUUGACUUUUCAAGACGUUUUGAAACACCUGAAGCUGGAGACUUUCCCGUCCACUAUAGCUCUCGUAAACGAGGGCUAUCCCGCAGAAUGCAUCAAUUUCCGCGAAGUUCUGAAUACGACGCAGCUGCGAUUUCGCGUCAAGGGGGUGCCGGUAUCUCCUGUGGUCAAAGACCCAGCUCCCGCGGAGGAAGCCUCUUCACCAAGUUCUCUGCCGUUAAAGCCGGCCGCAAAAAACCAGCAGCAGGCCCCGACACCCUCUCAAAUCUUUGCAAUAUCGAAUGACCAGGUCCAUGCUGGUGUCAACCCGACAGAGGAGCCUCCGGAGAUCAUGCGCGAAGAGACUGUUCUUGAGGCUCCUCCUCCGCGGGAACGUGAUGCGUUGGACGAUAUGAUCGAGGAGGCCAAGGCCGUAAAAGAUCUGCCUCUAGAUGCCCCUGAUGACGAAACUUCGAUUGAAGAAUCCGAUUCGGAGACCUCCGAAGAUUCGAGUUCCGAGAGAGCCAUGCGAAAGAAAAAGGGGUCCAUACAGAAGGAUACCAAAACGAGGGGUGACUGGCAGCAAAACUUCGCGUGUAUGCAGAAACAUGAUGCAAAGUCGAACGGUGAAGGACCGAAUACCAGGACUAUUGAGGUCCUUCAGCAGAUGCUAGAUUACUAUACCCGAACCGAUGAUACUUGGCGUGUCAUUGCCUAUCGAAAAGCUAUAUCGGCUCUUCAUCGACAGUCCAAGAAGGUUGUCAACCGCACUCAGGCUCGCGCGAUACCUGGAAUAGGAAGACGCCUGGCCGAUAAGAUCGAGGAGAUCGUGUGCACGAACCGUCUUCGCCGUCUCGAGAACACAAACACCACGCCUGAGGAUCUUAUACUUCAAUUGUUCCUUGGCGUCUACGGGGCUGGCGUUUCGCAGGCAUCGAGAUGGGUCGCCCAAGGGUACAAAACCCUAGAAGACCUCGAAACCAAAGCCUCACUGAGUCAAAACCAGCGUGUGGGUGUAGAGCACUAUCAUGACUUUUCUCAGCGGAUCCAGCGCAGCGAGGUGAAGGCGCAUGGCGAAAUCGUCCGGCAGGCCGUGCAAAAGACCGACCCUGAAAUGCAAGUCAUCAUCAGUGGCUCCUAUCGACGUGGGGCGGCCAAUUCGGGCGACAUUGACUGCCUCAUCACCAAGCCUGACGCGACAAGCGAACAGAUCCGAACGAUGAUGAUGGAAGAUGUGAUCCCUCAACUAUUCCGAAGAGGAUUCCUCCAAGUCAGUCUGGCUAGCACGUCCCGAGGGGAUGGAUCCAAGUGGCACGGCGCGUCCAAGUUGCCAGGCAGCCACGUCUGGCGUCGCAUCGAUCUUCUGUUCGUGCCGGGGUCGGAAAUUGGGGCUGCAUUGAUCUACUUCACGGGGAAUGAUAUUUUCAACCGAAGCAUGAGGCUCCUGGCGCGAAAGAAAGGCAUGCGGCUAAACCAGCGAGGACUCUAUACCGAUGUGCUACGUGGGCCAAAGCAGGUGAAACUCACCACGGGCGGACUCCUCGAAGGACGUGACGAGCGACGUAUCUUUGAGAUUUUGGGGGUUCCCUGGCGACCUCCUGAGCACCGCAUAUGCUGA